AAACAACACUAACGGAAACAUCAACGUGCAAAGCGAGGACGGACAGACGUUUUCUGUCCCGACUGUCUCAUUGUGCGUCGAGCAAGUGGAAAAAGUUUAAGAGUCAGUGACAAGCGAAAUGUGCAUACAGCAGCAACAACAACAACAACAGCAAUAGCAGCAGUAACAGCGACAGCAACAGCUUUCGACUGAUGUUGCUCUAGGUAUAUAGCCCAAAAAGUAUCUAUAAUAUCUGGCUUACACAUGCUCAUGCUUCAAUGGCAAUAUGCACGAGCAGCAGCUACAGCAGCAACAGCAACAGCAACAGCAGCAGCACCAUUUGUGACAGCAGCCGCAUGCAAAAUAUUGCCGUUACUUACAAGCAAGCAGCAGCAACUAUUGCUAACUGAAAUAGCAACCACAACGACAACAGCAGCAGCAGCAGCAGCUACAACAACAACGAAUAUUGCAACCAGGCGCCGCAUACUAUCAAAAUGUCAAUUCAGAAGCUAAACGAUAAUACGAACUCGGGCUAUGUUAGCUCCGAGGAGACGGACUCCCUGCUCGUAUCGAACGCCACAAAGGGGGGCGGACGGACCGCGCUGCUGCGCCAGGUGAAGAGCAGCUCGGCGAAUGGACCGACAUCGAACAAUAUGGCUUCCACGUCCGGUGGCAAACCGACGCUGAUGCGUCAGGAUCGAACUUCCACAUAUCUAACCAGUCCGCAGCAAUCGCAACAGCUGCGCAUGGGCUCCGAGGAGAGUAUGCGCGGCGGCUGCGUUGGCCAUCUCGAGGACAUUGAACAGGGGCUGGGCAGGCAGCCGCCAUGCGCGACAAAUGUGCCAGACAUUGAGGUGCACGAAGAGGACCAAGAACUAACGCAGAACACAUCAACAACAACAACAAUAUCGGCAACGACCAGUGCCUCUGGCACAGCACAGCAGACCAAACAGCAACAGCAACAGCAACAAAUCGAACAACAACAACAGAAACCAACCAUAUCAAUUAUGAAUUUAGGCAGCGGCACUGGUUCGAGCCAUCCCAACUUGGGCACAACAUCAUAUCAGAACUUGUCAUCGAGCAUACCGCCAAGUGCGCCGAGUCGUUGUCGCGCCUGUCGCAACUGCAGUCGGCGCGCCUCGACCACGCCCAUAUCGACGGGCGGGCAAAUCGAUAGAUCCGCAUCGCGAGAUAGCGUGAAAAGUGCCUAUCAGCCAAUCAAUCUAAGCAGCUCCAUGGCCAUAUGCAUAUCAAACACAACGCUACAACAGCAACAGCAGCAGCAGCAGCAACAGCAGCAGCAGCAGCUGCAGCAACAGCAACAAUUGCUGCUGCAUCAGCAGCAAUUGCAACUGCAUCAUUAUCAGCAGCCGCAGGUGCCGCCCGUUUUGAUAACCUCAUCGCCAACGAACGGCUCCCGGAUAAUUAGGCAAAGCUCUCAGCCGGAAUCGAGCAGCACAGCGAUUUGCUGUGGCACGCACAGCUCCUGCGGACAUUCGCACACGGUGCCAAAUGUCUCGUUGAAGCAGCUGCGGGAGAGCACACAGGAUGGCAUUGCGGGCAUUGCUGCCGAUUCCCUAAGGAUCAAUGGUGGCAUGCGUCCGUUCAAGCAGCUCCGCAAGCCAGCGUCGACACUUUCAAUUCCUGGCUCGAUGAAAACACCUUCCAUUGCGAACCGGGAACAGAUCUCAUCUGGAUGCAACGAAGAAGCGGCCGAGGCUUUAGUGGGUAUCCACUCCGAUUACCCUAGGUAUGAAAUGUAUAUGGAAGAACGUGCGCUUACUGGCGGGAAUACCUCCAGGAAGCCAUCGACAAACUCGGCCAAACAUAAACCGAAUGUGGGCUAUCGCCUGGGCAAGAGAAAAGCAUUGUUCGAGAAGCGCAAACGCAUUAGCGAUUAUGCCUUGGUCAUGGGCAUGUUCGGCAUCAUUGUGAUGGUGAUUGAAAACGAACUGAGCAGUGCCGGCGUCUACACAAAGGCAUCGUUUUACUCGACAGCGUUAAAAACCUUAAUAUCUGUUUCGACUGUGAUUCUUUUAGGACUUAUAGUAGCUUACCAUGCUUUGGAAGUGCAGAAUUCAUUAUUCAUGAUAGAUAACUGCGCCGACGAUUGGAGGAUCGCAAUGACAUGGCAACGAAUUAGUCAAAUAGGGUUAGAACUUUUUAUAUGCGCUAUACAUCCAAUUCCUGGCGAAUACUAUUUCCAGUGGACGACGAAAUUGGCCAAUAAAAACAAAACAAUUGGCACCGAAAUGGUGCCCUACGACGUAGCUUUAUCACUACCUAUGUUCCUUCGAUUAUAUUUAAUCUGCCGUGUCAUGCUGCUACAUUCAAAGCUAUUCACGGACGCAUCAUCACGGAGCAUCGGCGCUCUCAAUAGGAUUAAUUUUAACACAAGAUUUGUUUUAAAAACACUUAUGACAAUAUGCCCGGGAACGGUUCUAUUGGUCUUUAUGGUCUCCCUGUGGAUCAUCGCCUCGUGGACGCUGCGGCAAUGCGAAAGAUUUCAUGACGAAGAACAUGCGAAUCUAUUAAAUGCAAUGUGGCUGAUAGCGAUAACAUUUUUGAGUGUUGGUUUCGGUGAUAUUGUUCCGAAUACGUACUGUGGACGUGGUAUCGCUGUCAGUACAGGAAUAAUGGGUGCUGGCUGUACGGCUCUACUUGUCGCUGUCGUAUCACGCAAGCUGGAGCUGACCCGUGCCGAGAAGCAUGUGCACAACUUUAUGAUGGACACGCAGUUAACAAAAAGGCUGAAAAAUGCUGCGGCGAAUGUUCUACGUGAAACUUGGCUCAUUUACAAACAUACAAGACUAGUAAAACGGGUUAAUCCCGGCCGUGUAAGAACCCACCAAAGAAAGUUCCUUCUAGCUAUAUAUGCGUUGCGAAAGGUUAAAAUGGAUCAACGCAAACUAAUGGAUAAUGCAAACACAAUAACCGAUAUGGCCAAGACACAAAAUACGGUCUAUGAAAUAAUAUCGGAAAUGUCGAGCCGGCAGGAUGCCAUUGAGGAGCGCCUAACGAAUCUAGAGGAUAAAAUGCAAAGUCUACAAGAGCACAUGGAAAGCCUUCCAGAUCUAUUAUCGCGUUGUCUGACUCAGCAUCAGGAGCGCAUCGAGCAACGCCGCAACUUUCUACACCCGGACACAGCAGCCGCUGCCAUUCAGCCAUCGAUUCAGCCGCCCACGCCCCAAUCCAUGUUCAAUGCGGCCCCCAUGCUGUUCCCCCACUCUAGAAGUGUACCCUCAUCCAAUAACGCCGCUGCUACUUACCAUUGGCCAACAAGCCCUAUUUUGCCACCUAUAUCUAGUAGAACACCACAUUUAGUGCCUGAUACUCACAUGCCAUCAAAUGGAUCUGCAGUUAAUAGCUACGCAUCUUCCAACAAAUACGGCAGCUGAAUAUCAGACAGAGAGCGCUCC